AUGCUUUUUGGAUCGCAGUAUGAUGAAGAAGGAGGCACGGAUUAUAGUGGCAGCCCUGCAACGCCAUCACAGACAUCACGUAAGACAAAGUAUAGUGCUUCAACCUCGUCGACGUUUCGUAAAGGCAAUCGGAUGAACACUCGUCGAGUCAAAACACGGCCGAGUAUGGGCAGUGCUGUCUCUGCUGUCAUUGCAGUGGGUCAGAGCACGUCUUCAUUUGAUUCAACAACCUCGUCAUCCGCGCCCGCUGCGUCCUAUUUGCUGGCCAACCAGCGCACUAGCAAUAACCACAGCUUCAACUACGCAGGUUUUGAUGGGAAUACAUGUACAAAUGGCAACCACAAUAAUGCAGCGAUGAAUGUAGCAGCACUACUACCGAAACACAAUACACGAAGACGCGGCCUUAAAAAGAGAGGAGAGAGAUUGAAAAGACCGAAGCGACCGGCGGACCGCCAGUGCGUGUAUCCGAGUGUCUGGAAGCAGCUACAGUUUCGCAAAAAAGUCGUACAGCUAGCCACUAAUUUGAGUGAAAAACCCAUUUGCGUGACGGGCGUGGAUGGUUUCUUGGCUUCGUGGAUUGUGUAUGAGCUUCUCAACCGCGGCUAUCGUGUGCGAGGUACCGUGCAGAACGGUAAAGACGAUAUCUCGGGGCUGCUUCAGCUACCCAACGCAAGCAAGAAUUUUUCGGUCGUCGAGACGUCACUGUUGACACCCGAGGCUUGCGAUAUGGCUGUUCAAGGGUGCGAUUUUGUCAUCCACACGGGUACUCCUUCGUCCUGUUCGGUACGAGACCCGUUGUCUGAGCAGCAUGAACCAGGCGUGCACAGCAUUGGUAGUCGAAUGCACUGCAUUAUCCCCAUGAUGACAAAUUUUAUUCAGGCAUGUGCACGAUCGCGUAUUAAAAGGGUCGUCUUGACCUCAUCUAUUGCUGCAAUGGCUGACUCAGUGACACCAGGUUCAAUCAUAAAUGAUGCGUGUUGGAACGUAACGUCAUCACUAGAAAAGAAUCCGCACUUUUUGAGCUUGAAGCUGGCCGAAGAAGCUGCAUGGCAGCUAGUGGAUCAAUUGCCUAGCGACCGUCGCAUUGAUUUGGUAACGAUGAACCCUGGCACUUUAUUUGGUCCAAUGCUUUCGAAGUCAAAACUGGCACCUGGGAACCAAGUCAUAUACGACCUGAUUACGGGUCAUUACUCGGCUUUAGUAGAUUUAAAUUGGAGUAUGAUUGAUGUUCGUGACUGCGCUGCAGCACAUGCUGCUGCUUUGGAAAACAAUGAUGCUCGCGGGCGCUACAUAUGCGUCAACAGAAGUGUGUGGAUGAAGGAAAUUGUAGACAUAUUAUCUAGCAAUGGUUAUAGUGGCAGAGAUUUACCGUGGAAGGUAGGCCUGCCGAGUUGGGUUGGGCGCUUGCCAGCAUACUCAGCCCAACUCGGUCAAGUUGGUGCGUCGCUGUACACUUAUGAUCCUACAUCUGUGCGAUCGUCGCCGUAUCUAGGUGACAAACUGGUUGAGCACCUAAACAUACGAUUCCGCUCGGUCGACUCGACAAUAGUGGAAUCCGCAAACGACUUACUAAAGUGGGGUCUAAUUAAACCUUGGGCAGAGGAUCACGAGGCGCUUGAGUGUGGUUGCUGCCACAAUGCGUUCACAUUUUACCGACGAAAGCAUCAUUGCCGGGAAUGUGGCGUGAUUAUUUGUAACGACUGUUCAAUGUCUCGAGCGGUAAUGGAAGGAACGGAAGGGCGCGCGAGGUUGUGUGAUAAGUGUGUAAAGGGAUCUACUCCAGAACUUCUUGAUUUGUUACGGGAAGAAGAUCCCGAUAAAAAGCGCACAGCGGUGGUCGCGUUGGAGUCUUUGAUGGAGAACCCGUCGAACCACGACUAUGUUACACGUUUUGGCGGUAUCCUGCUGUUAAUGGACGCAAUCCAUCACCCCGAUGAAUCGAUUUCGUCACAUGCUGCUGGGGCGCUGUGUGCGUUGUCGUGCAGCGUAGCUAGCACACUCCAGAUGGUACUUGAAGGAGCAGUUUUACAGAUGCUGGAGGUGGAAGAAACGCUUAGUACAUGGGCCGUUUGCUUACAAGCACUUCGUAACAUUUGGAAGCAGAUAAAUCGACAAGAUUUCCGACGAAUGCUGUAUGCUGUCGCACGAGUAUCUGUCGACGCUACAAUUGGAGAACUUCGUGGCAAUAUCUUGCUUACUUUUGUACACAUGAUGGAUACCGAGGAAAUUCCAAGUCUUUUGUCCGAAGGCCUGUUAUCUGUGUUAUAUCACAUGCUGCAGUCGACCGCGGAGUUUUCUCGCUGCGCUGCUGCUCACGCUAUAAAGCAUUUGGUACCCGCUGGAUAUGACCCGGAUGUGACGAUUGAUGUGCCGCCAUACGUUGUGGAUGACCACGAAGAGCUUUUCUUGAACUCUUCUUUGUCAGACUUACAAUUCCUUGUGAAAGGUCACAUUGCCCCUAUUAAUGCUCACAAGGUCGUCCUUUUCUUCCGUAACUCUUACUUCAAGAACUUGGUGAGGUUUGGUUCAGCAUCCAGUCAGACCGCUGUGAUUGAAGUAGACAAUUGCAGUUACGAAGUCUUUUCGAUUCUGCUACGCUUCCUUUACACCGGCAAAGUUGACAUAACUGCGGAUGUGGCUGAAGAGUUGCUUCGGGCGUCGUCCUAUUAUUGCGUGUACGAGUUACAAAAGCGUACGGAGGCCUUUUUGAGCGGCCAGAUUUGUGUGGAGAACGUUGUGGAUCUGUUGACGCUGUCUGAAGAAUGUAACGCCGACGAUUUGAAGAAAAAUUGCGUUCCGUUUUUGAUGCGACACAUUCACGAGGUUGUCCGGCUGCCUGCUUUCGGGGAGCAUCGCGUACGCUCUAGCGAGGAAGUACUAAAAGCAUUGACGAACAUGCUUGGACCAGAGUGGGAAGCAAGCUACGCGAAGAUUAAGAAAUCUAUUGGAGUGAAGGACAAGGAGGACGAAGCAGAGCAUGCCGAAACCGAGAAGACCGAUGAAGAGGAAGAUUUCAAUCUGGUCGAGCAUCAAGUGAAUGAAAUUCAGGAAGCACCGCUGUCGCCGCGUUUCCUGCUGACACCCGUGCCACCUCCCAGUUUUUCGGGAAACCCAUCGGCAUUUGCCAGAGAAUCACCACGUGGUGAAGAUGCGGUGACUGAUGGUUUUAACUUUAUGAAGACGUUUGGUAACGAGGACGUGCUAUAUCGCCGUUCUCAUAACUGCUCGGAGGAUUUCUUGGAAGGUUUAUCAGAAGGCGUGUGCUAG